AUGGCAGGGGGCGGGAUGGACGUUCACCAGAACAAGUACAUCGAGGAGUGGGCCACAAAGCGCGAGAACAUCGAGAAAGUUUUCAAGUUCAAUGGGCGUUCCUUGUCAAGGAUUGCCUUGUUUGGUGUUCUCAUCCCCGUUGCCAUCUACCAAGUAACAGUUGCUGAGUUUCACAAGACCGACGAGCUCAAAGAGGAAUUUGAUUCCCCCUUGAUCUUCGCCAUCGAGCUUCGAGUUUCAGAGUUUGGGAAUUGUUCCUAAAUUUAAGGGGGGCUCUGAUUCCUAGCUAAACAUCACGGACCGUCCUGGUUCUUGGUUAUGGAAUUCUGCACACUGCACAUCAUUGGACCUCAAUGUUGAAUGGAUAUACUCGCAAAACUCGAUGGUCUCUGUUCGUAUUCGCCGUAGCCCCCCCG